CCCACCUCCUGGUAGGAGGGGGACUUCCGCUUCCGGCAGCGGCGGCUGCAGCCUCGCUCUGGUCCCUGCGGCUGGCGGCCGAGCCGUGUGUCUCCUCCUCCGCCGCCGCCAUAUUGCCUGUGUGAGGAGAGGGGAGAGCGGCCGCCGCCGCUGCCGCUUCCACCACAGUUGAGGGAACCCGGUCUGAAAUAAAGUCUUACCCCAAGUUGCCUCUGAACUCUGACUGACGGAUCUCCAAACAUCAAGUCCAGCUUUGUUCGCCAACCUGUCUGACAUGUCGGGACCCGUGCCCAGCAGAGCCAGAGUUUACACAGAUGUUAAUACGCACAGACCCCGGGAAUACUGGGAUUACGAAUCACAUGUGGUGGAAUGGGGAAACCAAGAUGACUACCAGCUGGUUCGAAAAUUAGGCCGAGGUAAAUACAGUGAAGUAUUUGAAGCCAUCAACAUCACAAAUAAUGAAAAAGUUGUUGUGAAAAUUCUCAAGCCAGUAAAGAAGAAGAAAAUCAAGCGUGAAAUAAAGAUUUUGGAGAAUUUGCGAGGCGGUCCCAACAUCAUCACACUGGCAGACAUUGUCAAAGACCCUGUGUCACGAACCCCUGCCUUGGUUUUUGAACAUGUAAACAACACAGACUUCAAGCAGUUGUACCAGACGUUAACAGACUAUGAUAUUCGAUUUUACAUGUAUGAGAUUCUGAAGGCCCUGGAUUAUUGUCACAGCAUGGGAAUUAUGCACAGAGACGUGAAGCCCCAUAAUGUCAUGAUUGACCAUGAGCACAGAAAGCUACGACUAAUAGAUUGGGGUUUGGCUGAGUUUUACCAUCCUGGUCAAGAAUAUAAUGUCCGAGUUGCUUCUCGGUAUUUCAAAGGUCCUGAGCUCCUUGUAGACUAUCAGAUGUAUGAUUACAGUUUGGAUAUGUGGAGUUUGGGUUGUAUGCUGGCAAGUAUGAUCUUCCGAAAGGAGCCAUUUUUCCAUGGACAUGACAAUUAUGAUCAGUUGGUGAGGAUAGCCAAGGUUCUGGGGACAGAAGAUUUAUAUGACUAUAUUGACAAAUAUAACAUUGAGUUAGAUCCACGUUUCAAUGAUAUCUUGGGCAGACACUCACGCAAGCGGUGGGAACGCUUUGUCCACAGUGAGAACCAGCACCUUGUCAGUCCUGAGGCCUUGGAUUUCCUGGACAAGUUACUGCGAUAUGACCACCAGUCACGGCUCACCGCCAGAGAGGCCAUGGAACACCCCUAUUUCUACACAGUUGUGAAGGACCAGGCAAGGAUGGGCUCAUCUAGCAUGCCGGGGGGCAGUACGCCUGUCAGCAGCGCCAAUAUGAUGUCAGGGAUUUCUUCAGUGCCAACCCCUUCACCCCUUGGACCUCUGGCAGGAUCACCAGUAAUUGCUGCUGCCAACCCCCUUGGGAUGCCUGUUCCAGCUGCCGCUGGCGCUCAGCAGUAAUGGCCCCUUCUGUCUCCUGAUACCUGAGCAGAGGUGGGGGAGUCUACCCCUCCCCUUGAUGCAGCUUGCACCUGACAAGGAGGGGUGAAACACUUAAGAAGCACCGUGUCUGAACCGAUGCUUGUGGAUUUAUAGUAGUUCGGUCAUAAAAAAAAAUUAUAAUAGGCUGACUUUUUUUUUUUUCUCUCUUUUUCUUUUUUUUUAAAACUUGGAACUUUCAUAACUCAGGGGAUUCCCUGAAAAAUUACCUGCAGGUGGAAUAUUUCAUGGACAAAAUUUUUUUCUCCCCUUCCAAAUUUGAGUUCCUCAUCACUAAAGAACAAAGAUGAACUAGCCUCAAUCCUGGCUGCUGCGUUUGGGUGGAGAAUUUUUUUCCUAGUCCCACCAUUGCUCCCCCACCAGCCCACACUUUGGGGGUGUUUGUAUCUCAUGCUCUUUCUUCUCCAGAGAUUACUAAAAUGUAGCUUCUCUGAGGAGGCGGGAAUGAAGGAGGCAGGAAGGAAAGGAGGAAGAGAGGACCCAAUCUGUAAGGCACUGUACUGCUAGUCACUUAUAUUACUUGACCCCAGAAGUGCAAGAGUGGGGUUCCCUGGUGGAUUGUGUGGAAACAUGUCUUAGUUACAUUAAGAUGCUGAGAAUCUACCCAGUGUACAGACAGGUCCUAAAACUUUUGUUCCGUAUGAAUCAUGUCAUAUUUUCCUAACCCUAAACCCAACUCACUUAUAAUUUAGUUUCAAAUUUUCAGAUAUUAAUAAUUUCCCUCUUAGGUUCUUUACUGUGGCCCCUUACCUUUCUUCUCCUAGCACACUGUGCUCUAGAGCUGGUAGGAGGGAAGGUAAAAUCUUCAUGUUUUCUUGGACUUGGAAUUUGCUUACUUACCAAGCAUGACUUCUUAAUUUUUACAGAGGAUCCAAACAUUAGCUCUGUAGAUUUCAUGCUAGCAACUCUUCAAAGAGCUAAAGGGAGAUGUGGCCACAGUAAGUUUCCUUUUUAAGCGUUCUACCUUCUUCCUCCUUUCUCCUUCCCUCACAUAUCAUCCAGUGAGACAACUUGUAAAUGUGAUCUGAGAGGCAGGAGCAGAGCCACUAUCUCCAUUGAAGCUGAAAUGGUAGAUUUAUAAUUGUGGGAAACUAAACUAUGACUUCCCUCCCACCCUUUGCUGUGUGUAUAUAUAUAUAAUACUUUGUCCUUCAGAUGUGAAAGAUCCAGUGUUGGAAUUCUUUGAUGUAAAUAAACGUUUGGUUUUAUUUAUCAA